UCAGGCCUCUGUGACUUAAAUCAUAUCCAAGAGCUGUUAAUCAACAACAAUAAUCUCAGUGGUUUCUUGCCUCCGUGUUUGGAAAAUUUGACUUCCCUUCAACGACUAGAUCUCUCUUUUAAUCACUUGAAGAUCCCUAUGUCAUUGAGCCCAUUAUACAACCUUACAAAACUCAAGUCUUUUGAUGGGUCGGGUAAUGAAAUAUACGCAGAAGAAGAUGAUCAUAAUCUGAGUCCAAAGUUCCAGUUAGAGUUCCUUAAUUUAAAAGGUCGUGGACAAGGUGCGAGAGCAUUUUUCAAAUUCCUUUACCAUCAGGUGAGUCUAAAAUAUAUGGAUCUUACAAACAUCCAAAUGAAAGGAGAGUUUCCAAAUUGGUUGAUUGAGAACAACACAUACCUACAAGAACUUCAUUUAGAAAACUGUUCUUUUUCGGGUCCAUUCUUGUUGCCAAAGAAUUCUCAUGUGGAUUUGUCAUUACUAAGUAUAUCCAUGAAUUACUUCGAAGGACAAAUCCCUUCAGAAAUCGGAGAUCAUUUGCCAGGGUUAGAAAUUCUAUUGAUGUCUGAUAAUGGUUUGAAUGGAAGCAUUCCUUCCUCGUUGGGUAACCUUAGCUCACUACAAGUGUUAGACCUGUCCAACAAUAAUUUGCAAGGGCAGAUCCUUGGAUGGAUAGGUAACAUGUCUUCUCUUGACUUCUUGGACCUAUCAGGGAACAAUUUAUCUGGUUCUUUACCGUAUAGAUUCAGCACUUCUUCAAAAUUGAGAUAUGUUUAUUUGUCUAGAAAUAAGUUGCAAGGACCGAUCACAAUGGCAUUUGAUGACUCCUUUGAGAUAAUUCAAUUAGAUCUUUCUCAUAAUAAUUUAACUGGUAGAAUUCCAGAAUGGAUUGGCAAGUUAUCUAACUUGAGAUUUCUACUCUUGAGUUAUAACAAUUUUGAAGGUGAAAUCCCAAUUCAAUUAUGCAAGUUGGACCAAUUAACCUUGAUUGAUCUAUCUCAUAAUUAUCUUUCUGGUAACAUCCUCUCUUGGAUGAUAUCUACUCAUCCUUUAUUUAUUGAAUACAAUUCUAUUGGUUCUGUGUCCUCAUCACACCAAUCUUUCGAGUUUACAACGAAGAAUGUGUCCCUUUUUUAUAAAGGCAAUAUUAUCCAGUACUUCACAGGAAUUGAUUUCUCAUGCAACAAUUUUACUGGAGAGAUUCCUACUGGAAUUGGAAACCUCAGUAUGAUCAAGGUAUUGAACUUUUCGCACAAUAGUUUGACUGGACCAAUUCCACCAACAUUUUCAAACUUAAAGGAAAUAGAGAGCUUGGAUCUUUCCUACAACAAACUAAAUGGAGAAAUCCCACCUCGACUUACUGAGCUAUUUUCUCUAGAAUUUUUCAGUGUGGCACAUAAUAAUCUGUCUGGCAAGACUCCUGCGAGAGUUGCACAGUUUGCCACUUUUGAGGAGAGCUGCUACAAAGACAAUCCUUUUCUUUGUGGAGAACCGCUACCUAAAAUAUGUGGUCCAGCUAUGCCACCAUCACCAACACCAACUUCAAUAAAUAAGAACAACGAAGAUUAUUAUGGCUUCAUGGAUAUUGAGGUUUUCUAUGUGACCUUUGGGGUUGCAUACAUCAUGGUGCUAUUGGUAAUAGGUGCAGUUCUAUACAUAAAUCCAUAUUGGCGACAAGCUUGGUUUUAUUUUAUUGAGGUGAUCAUUAACAAUUGCUAUUAUUUUCUGGUGGACAAUCUUUCUAUUUUAUCCAAACUUGGGUUUUCAUAG